AUGGGCCAACCCCCCGUCCCAGAGGGAGCAGUUGUCACGCAGAGGCUCCCAUAUUGUGCCUGGAAGGUUGGCAGACUCUGCCAUCAAAGGGCUGUCAGUGCCAUUGCCAUCAGCUGCUCUACCCAGCAUGUGUACACAUGCGGCACCAACUACAUGAAGGUGUGGGAUAACAGUGCCCUGCGUGCUUGGAAUAAAGCCCCUGUGGACCAUCUAAGAUUGGAGGGCAAUAACAACUGUAUUUUUACCUGCAAGCUGCUCCCUGAUGAGCAGAGCCUGGUCACAGGAGGUCUGUUACAUGGCCUGAAUAUUUGGGACCUGGCACCCACACCCCGUCUCAGGACACAGCUGGCCUCGGAAGGCAGCAGGUGCUUUUCCAUAGCAAUCUCCUCCGAUGGCCACAUACUAAUGGCUUGUUUCAGUGAAUUUGUGGAAAUCUGGGAUUUGAGGAACCAAAUCUUGAUCAGGUAUGAUUUUUGUCCCAUCCCUCUCACUCCCAACCCCUUGAGUGUAGUGGAAUCAUCAGCAAUCCUGUGUUUUGAUAUGUCUUCUGACAACCAAUAUCUGAUUACGGGCUCCAAUGAUAAUGCCACUGUUUACCAGCAAUUGUUUUGAAGGUCACAUGACAAUGGCUCUGCCAGUGGAGGCCCAGGAAGGCCAGCCAUAUACAAGGAUCACCUACAGAUGCCUCACAUCUUCAACACUACCCUCUCCCUGCAGUUACUCAGCCUGCCCUCCCAGAAUUUUAUUACGUGGCUUGUGGAUUUUCCCUUUGUAAUUUUUCUACAACUGAUUUCUGGGGAUGGGAUGGAAAUACUGUGAGAGCUACUUUUUAUCAUGAAUAAACUAGCAAAGCAAAACCAAAA